GACUCAGAGGGCCCUAUCUUGCACCCAGCGCAAUUGACUUUGUACACCGACGCAUGUGUCAUUCCUAUUUUGCACCCGCGCAAAGCGCGCUUUUCCCUCCACAGAAGCACGUCGCUAAACUAGUGAAUGAACUUGCGCUCCCUGGGCGGUUCAGCGCAAAAAAGGAGGCGUGUUCCGGCGCAAACGAUCCCUGGUGCUAUUUUGCUGUUCCAUUACACAAUUGCGCCACUGACCAGAAAAAACCUAGUCUAAAGUCAGUGGCGCGUUGCGCGUUGUUCAUUAUGCUAUUUUAAGGGCGCAUGCUUGACCAUAAUGUAUAGCGUGCACAACGCGCAUACACUUUGCUCAUGUAAUCUACACAGAUGCAACAGUUAUUUUUGCAAAUCAUAAACUGUUACACUAAAAAAAAAUAUUAACACAUGAGAUGACGGAAAUCAUUGUGGUGUGCCACGAAGAUGUGAAAAAAUAGGCAUAAAUCUAGCUUACAAAUUAUUCAGGCUAAUUGUAGUAAUUAAGGAUCAGACCUGUUUGCCCAAUAGUGGCAAGACAUAUAUGUAUAUAAGGACAUCUGACAAAUUGGUUUGUCCGUCAAGAACCAGGAAAAAAAAUCGACUAAAAAACUGAAAAAACUGAAAGACUGAAAAAAAAAGACUGUGAAAUCACCUUUACCAUAAUGUAAGUACAUUAAAAACCUUAGUCUUCAACUUACCAGUUAAGUUCAGCUUGCUCAUAUUUUUUUCUUUUGCACACUGAGAUGGAGUAUGUCUUGGGACAACGAAUUAGACGCCGGAGGGAGAGGGUAUACCGGCCCAGACAGACCUAUCUCUCCCUCAGUGAGGAGGAAUGCAUAAGAAAGCUACGCCUGACCCGACAGGCUGUGACAGACAUCUGCCAUCUCCUGGCAGAUGAGUUGGGGACUGAUGCACAAUGUCCCUAUGCCUUCCCCGUGGCAGUAAAGGUUACAGCGGCAUUGCAUUUCUAUGCAUCUGGGUCGUUCCAGCACCCCCUUAGCUCCAUUGGAGGCAUUUCACAAUCUGCCAUAAGUUCGGCUAUACAUGCAGUUACAUCAGGUCUAGUCCGACAUGCUGGGGAAUACAUCAAAUUCCCCGUCACACCUGACAACCAGGAAAGAGCAAAGCAGGCAUUUUGUGCGAAGUAUGGGUUCCCUGGUGUCCUUGGUGUUAUAGACUGCACCCAUGUGCAGCUACGUGCCCCAUCAGAAAACGCACUUGUAUACAUCAACCGCAAGGGAACCUAUUCAAUCAACGUACAAGUCAUUUGCGAUGCUUAUAGUAAAAUCACCCAUGUCUUUGCGAAUUAUCCUGGCUCGAGCCACGACUCAUUCAUACUGGCAAACUCUACCAUUCCUGCCAUCUUCGAGGGGAAUCCCCAGUUGGAUGGGUGGCUGUUAGGGGACAACGGGUAUCCGUUAAAGACAUGGCUGAUGACACCAUAUUUGAUGCCAGCAACAAUUCGUGAAAUGCAGUUUAAUAGAAAACACACACAAACACGCUGUGUAAUUGAACGAACGUUCGGCAUACUGAAAAUGCGCUUCAGGUGUUUGGAUAGAACAGGAGGCACUUUACAGUACAGUCCUCAAAAGGUCGCAGCAUUCUUUGUGGCGUGUUGUGUUUUACACAACAUUUCCAUAAAUCAAGGUUGUGUUGUUGACAUAGAUGAGCAAAUAUUAGAGGACUUAAGGAGACGUGAUGGUGAACUGCAUGUGCCGAUGCCACUUAACCCAAAUGCCCCAGCAGCAGCACGGGAGAGGAGAGCUUAUUUGACAGAAGAACUGCUGCAUCGUCUAUAGUGAGUUUUGCGACGCGCGCCACGGCGGGAUUGGACACCUGAGGGUCCGGGAAUGGCAUUGCGCGAUGUGCGCCUGGUGGAACGGGUGGAUGGAGAUGGAGUGGGGGAAGGAGGAAGAGGCACAACAGGAGGUGGUGGUGCGCUUGAAGGGCCACGCUCCAUGGCUGCAGCAAUCCUCUCCAGGCUUGAGGAGAUGCGCCCGAGAGGCCGCAGCAACAUCGCCAUCCGGUCAAGACGGCCAUUCACACUUUGCCGCAUCCCAGACAGCUCCCGCUCCAGCAUUUCAAAUCCGGUUUGCUGGAGCUGCAGGAAGGGGUGGUCCUCCGGUCUAGCAAUGCUGCCACGGUGUGCAGUAGGUCUGGACCUUGAUGGUUGCGCUGUUCCCUCCUCAGAUGGCCCGUGCGCACGGCUCGCGAGGCCAGGGUCUUCCUGCAAAGCUGUUACAUUGUUUUUCUUUAUUGUGUGGCUGCGUUAAAUGUUUUUCAUGUAAAUAACGAUUAAAAUAUUUUCAUAAGAAACCUUGUAUGUGAAUUUGUGUACCUUGGGGUUGGACUGCUUGUGUUUCUGAUUGGGUGCCGAUUUCAAAACCCCCAAAUCCUUCAACACUUUCAGCGGUGAGGGUGGACGCAGCGAUGUCCUCUGCUGGCGUCAGGUCCUGAGUAGAGGCAGAUCCACCUCCCGUUACACGGCGUGCCCGAUUGAUGCUGGCAAGCUUGGACUUUCCCCGUCUUCUGAUGUCAUUGUAGCGCUUGCGGCACUGGUGCGACGUCCUGGGGAUGCCAGCUGAUGAAACAAUUGUGGCUAUUUCCUCCCACGCCUGUUUAACCGACGCUAUUUUGGGUGGGUUUCUCCCAUCCCCAUACAACACAACUUCCCUGUCUUUCACUGCUCUUACAAGAAAAUCCGUCUCCUCGGCUGUGAACCGCUCCUGGCGUGCGCCUGGUAAAUACGCCGCCAUAAUAGCAAUCCAUAAUGGAACUUGCGCACCUGCUUUUAAAGGGAAUGUUGGAUGACGCUCUGAUUGGUUUAUUUCACGUUACGCCCAAACCACACCUAUGAAUAAUGAAGCUACUUCAGACCAACCCAUUUUAGAUUUGCGCCGGGCGCAAGAGCCAUUUAUCCCGCCGGGAAAAUAGCAACAGCGCCGAGACCCGCCCACAAACUUACUUGCGCUUCGCGCUUUGACACUUGCGUUUCAGAUCGUUUAA